AUGAUCAUAUCUAGCAGCAGCAUUCAACGAUUAGUGGCAUUCACUUUUCUCCUCUCCUUCGUGGCUGUGUGGCAUUAUUCUUCAUCAACUUUAGUGUUUGCUUCUCCUUCUCCGAAAUUGCAACUCUUCAAACAACACUUGAGACUCUCUUCCUCCUUCUCGUCCACAAGUAACACCAAUUUAUCGUCCUCCACUGUUGAGAAUGGUGUUUGGACCAAUGUCUUUCAACUCUUUGGCAUUCGUUCACCUAAUAACCAGACCGACACUGACAACAAUCCAAAAUUCAUUUCCCUUUUCUAUGAUGGUCUUCAUCAACUCAUGAGAAUCGAUGCGGCAGGUCUAGGAGGUCCUAAUGCACUUUUAUCUUCCACUACGGUUGUUUUUGAAACACUCCGAUUUUACAUGAAUGUCGUUUCGGUCGAUUUUUGUAUCUUUGAACAUCUUCAUCCGAAUAACACGAAUUGGUAUGGAGCUCGAAUUUUCCCCUUCUCUCAAAAAAAGACACAACGUGAGGGUGGAUUUGUCAUUUCCAAUUACAAGAUGGCAAGUUUAGUGAAGAGAGGAAUUGUGAUUGAUCAAUCAAAGUUGAUUGUAGGAAUGAAUUCACAACGAGAAUGCGAUUUGUACAAGUUGGAUGCUCAUUCUGAUUUGGCCGUUGGAUUUGGAUUCUACUUGUUUAAUUAUCAGGGACCUCAGUUUGUGGAUGUCUAUUAUUAUGAAGAUUUAAAGACGAAACAACCUGCUCGAUUUGAAAUUUAUGGAUUGAAUGGGUAUAAGGAAGUGACGACAUUUGACGUUGUGAAUUUUGAGUUUUAUGGUGAAGGAGAUGACUCGGAAAAUGUUUUUCAGAAGGACAUGUUUUAUUGGAAUGUGAAACCAACGUGUCAUUAA